UUUUACCAGAAAAGAUUUUAUUUUAUUAACUAAAUAUAAUCAGAAAUCAGACAGAAAUUAAUUCUAUAAAAUCAAAUGGUGCAUGAUCUUUCAAUCUUCAUACCGAAAUCCUAUCCCAUAUCUAUUUUUCAUGCCAAUCAAGUACUAUUGAAUAAUUAAUUCUCCUUUUUUUUAUCAUUCUCAAAGCUCUUCAAUCAUUCUCAUUUUCAAUCAGUCAAUCAAUCGAUCAAUCUAAACUAAUCUAAAAAACCCCCCAAAACACUUAUACUAAAAUUUAUUUACCAUAAUUUAUAAUUUAUAAUUUAUAAUCGAAAUCAAAAUGUCUUUUAUCAAUAUUUGUCGUGAUAACACCGAUCCAUUUUACCGUUAUAAAAUGCCUCCAAUUCAAUCAAAGAUUGAAGGUAAAGGUAAUGGUAUCAAAACUGCUAUAGUCAACUUAUCAGAUGUUUCUCGUGCAUUAAAUCGCCCAAAUGCUUAUAUUGUUAAGUUUUUUGGUUUUGAACUAGGUGCUCAAACUUCUAUCACCGAAUCAACUGAUCGUUACUUAGUUAAUGGUAGUCAUGAUUCAGCUAAAUUGCAAGAUUUAUUAGACGGAUUCAUCAAUAAAUUUGUCUUGUGUAAAUCUUGUAAGAAUCCUGAAACUGAAAUUUUUAUCAACAAAGGAGCUCUCUUAAGAGACUGUAAAGCUUGUGGUAAACAAACUGAUAUUGAUCCUAGAUUAAAAUUAUCCUCAUAUAUUUUAAAGAACCCUCCAGAAAAAUCAAAGUCAAAGAAAUCUGCUACUGCUAGUGCUCAUGUUGGUAAUUCAUCCUUGCCUGACCAUAUCGGUUCUUCAAGAGGUUCUCCAACUCCGGGCGACGAUUUUUCUGAUGGUGAACAACCAUCCAGCACUCUUGAUAAAGAAGCUGCAGCUGCAGCCAAAACAACAGCUGUCUCCACUUUGGAUGAUAACUGGGCUGUUGACAUGUCUGAAGAAGCCGUUGCUCAACGUGCUAAGGAAUUAGAAAAAUUAUCUUUAGUCUCUUCUUCUAUUGAUAAAUUUGAUGAGUUAGGUGAAUGGUUAUUAGAAGCUGAACAAUCACCAUCAGACGUUGAAAUUUAUCAAAAAAUUUCCUCUUUGAACAUUUUAGAUUCUGACAAAACUUUAACCGUUCUAGCCCAAGCUCUAUUUACUGAGGACAUUGUUGAUGAAAUUGAAUCUCAUACAGGUUUAUUGAUUAAAGUUAUUUCUCAAAAUGAUGAUAAAGAAAAAGCUGAAAAGGCAUUUUUAGGUGGUAUUGAAAGAUUCCUUGGUGUUUCUCAUCCUAAAUUAAUUCCUUCUUUAACCAAAAUUUUAUAUAAAUUGUAUGAUGAAGAUAUUGUUAGUGAAGAUUCUAUUAGAAAAUUUGGUACUACUAUUAGUAAAAAAUACGUUGAUAAAUCCAUCAGUAAGAAAGUUAGAAGAGCUGCUAAACCUUUCUUAAAAUGGUUGGAUGAAGCUGAAAGUGAAAGUGACAGUGAAUAGGUUUAUCACUUUGUUGAUAUUGCUUGUUUGUUUUUACUGAUUUCAGUUUUCAUGCUAUGAUUGUAUGUAGAUAUAUCAUCUUUUACGUUUGUUUGUUUUUUUAAUUUCAAAAUGAGUAUGAAUUGAAUUGAAUUAACCACCUGUUUUAAAAUCUGUUUUUUUUCAAAAUUU